UGACUCACACUGCGUUGAAGAAUAGAAGGAAAUUAAUCAUUUAAAAAAUAAACAAUUAUGUGAAGGUUGAAUCAAUCAAGUAUCAGGAAAGUUCAAAGUAAUAUCAUAGACUACAUUCAAAUGGUCCUCAAUGCUCAUGAGGACAAUAUGCAAAGAGCUUGUGGGCUAGGCUACAGGCUGAAGAAGAAAUGCAAGAUUGGUGUUACAAAAUUUUGCAAUAUAAAAAAAUUUGCAAUCACUACUACAAUGAUUUAAGAGGAAAUAUUGCAACAGAAUCUAAACCGAGUAACGAAAAAAUUAUUGAAGAACAAGUCAUCUCUGUUGAAAGUCAAAUCAAGCUUCCACAAUGAAGUGCAGCUCACAGAUAGGGUGUGUUGACUGUUGACUCCACACAAUUCUAUAAAACCAGGAAAGAAAGAUCUCAUUCUCAUGAAGUGGCAAUAGUUGAAGAAAAGUUGUCCCAAAAUCAAGAAUUCACACAGAACUUGACACUUGUUACUUCAAGCAACCCUUGAACUUGUGUAACUUAAAGUUUGAAAAGGAUUUGAAUAGAGAAAACUCAAAACAUUUAAGAAAGAGCUGAAACACGGAAUUCCAAUGGGUCAAAACUGGAGAGUUCUCAUUCAUUGGCGCCUACCACAUCUUAUUGGUCUCGGUCUACAACGGAAGAAGAAAAUGCAACCGAUGGCUUUCACUUGACACGAGUCUUCACAUAUUGCUGGAUUCGAUUGACGACUCGUUUUCAUAAAAAAGGACAACUACGCAAGCGGACCUCAGGCGAGAGACGAUUUUGAAAAUGGUUUAUCCCGACUGCUAGUUCAGCAGACGAAUCUAGGUUUAGAACUUGAUAACAUUACUGGACAGUCAAAGCCGUCCAUCAAUUCCUGCUGAGAAAUGAAACUUCGUUCUCGGCCUACGUUAGAAGAGUCUUUGCAGGUCGACCAUCCGUGCAACUAGAACACGCCCGAAGAAAAAUUACCGACUUCGACGAAUCUUUAUACGCUCACGUGUUCACUGAAGAAGUUGAUCGUUUUAUCGUGACACGUGAUCGGCAGGCAGUGCUAUUGCAGAAGAUUUUGCACUUGACGUCAUCCCCGAAUUUGUUUUCAAAAAUGCUUAUUUGGAAUUGGGUAAUUCUCUGGUGGUCCUUCAGCGAAAAUCGAUAAUUUGGCAGCCAUCGUCGCUUCUGCCCCAAUUACAAGAACCCAUCCUUGCCGAUUUGUUUGAAUUACAGAAGAAAAAUCGAACGUUGGCUGAGGCUCGGUCUGUUCUCAUUUCUGCCAUAACACGUCUUCCCUCGUGAUAACAAGCCACUAAUCACAAGCAAAGUGCGCAAUCAUUCAGAUUCACACUCACAUUUCCUAAACUGAAAUUAGAAACGAAUCAAAACGGUAAUCAGUAAUACGCAAGACUUCCGCGUCUUUGGGUGCUGUACAAGAAGGUCGGCGGUGCGGGGACCAUCAAGCAUGGUUAGACAGUCAAAAUCAAAUCAAAUGCCUUAGAUCCAUCGGUGGAGGUCCUAGCGUGUGACGAUCUUUGAAACGAAGAUCUUGAAGCGACGAUCUUGAAGCGACGAUCUUGAAGCGAGAAGAAGUUGUGUAAGGAAGGUCAGCCAAUCGGAAGUUGAAACGCCCAACAAAGUUGGGUGUGACUGCAAAGUAGGAGUGAGUGUUGGCCUUCCGUCUCAUGACCUUAUUAAUAAUAAUAUUUAAACCUUUUCUGGUACGAGAUUGAUUUCUUUCCUCCGAUUAAUGCUUAUUUCAAGGUGAUCCCGUACACUGAUUUGUCGUUUUUUUGUUUACCUGUUUAAUUACCAUUGCCAACCUGUCGAGGAUGGUUUACACCAGUUUACGCAACACGCUUAUGGGUGACAACCAACAUCUCUUUUAUGAGAGAACGAAAAACGAGGUGGGAGCAAGAGUGGACUGGUUAGUCUAUAUAAACCCCCUUUGGCUGUGGACGGGUCCAUCGAGUGUUCAACUCAAGAACGAAUUCCACCGACAUAUUCCGGCGUAACAAGUAUUUUGUACAGACAUUUUGGCGUAACAGUCGUUUGUUACUCUUCACUCAUCAACCACGAAAGAUCGCAGUUAAUUAAACAAAAACAGUUUGUUUCGCCAUAACAAAGAGUCAAGGGAAAGCCCCGGACAAACCCGUUCUUGUUAUAAGAACACCAAGCAUUCAAGGAAAUGUUUGCUUCAGCAAUAAUAUUUGCAGCUGCUGUCCCACUGGUAUUGGCAAACAACGCGCCAACCUAUUCUAGUGAAUUUAGUGAUGUCUCCAGUACGGAAGACCAUUCUUGUGAGAGUUGUCCUCCGCUUAAUGGUGCAACAGUUCCACAAAAUGGAAAACCGUCUAAUUCUUCUUAUCCUGAUGAUGGCUGUGGAGACUAUUCUGUCCGAUUUAAGGGCGAUGGGUACUGUUAUCCUCUUCUGAAGAUAGGCCCUUGCGAGAAUGUGUUAUUUUGGAUUACGGUCGACCCGUAUACUUACGAGGGAAUAUGCACUCCUCGCCUUUGUGGCAGAGAAAAAGUGUUCGUCGGUCGAGAUGGUCUUUGUCACGAUAUUUACGAUACUAAAGAGUGUCGCGGAGGUAGGCGUCUUUAUUACUCGGCUUACGGAGAUCCAAUUUGUGAUUGUCCUGUUGGGCAAUAUCCAUUCCCAUCAGAGGAAGACGAUUGCGUUCCUUUAUUUACCCAAGGACCGUGUCCAACCAAUCAGGUUGUAUCCGUUAGUUCAUCGGGUAAAUUAGAGUGUUUCCCCAACACUUGUCAACUCGUUGAUAGAUACCAGGACUUUCUCCUGCAAUUGGUCCCAGUUAAACAAUCAAGAAUAAGUAACGAUGACGAUGACGAUGACGAUGACGAUGACGAUGACGAUGACGAUGACGAUGACGAUGAAUAUGGAUACUGCUGUGCGUUAGGCACUCGUGGACCUUGCUCACCUUCUGAACUUUUUGGUUACAACAUCUUUCACUGUCAGGGAGAGUGUGUUGACAUGGAUGACCCCACAACGCCAUACUUUUCUUCUCCCGAAGAGAACGCAAUUUUAGAUGACAUCUUUGAUUGGGCCGCAAACGAACCCAUAACAACAAAGAAUAACAAAAGUAAUACGUUUUUUCGUGCACAAUGGUUAUCAAGAAAACGAAGACAAGGGAUUAAUACUUUUGGGAUAUUCCAACAGCCAAGUAGAAUUCCAACAUCUCUCCUAAAUCCCUGUCAACCCGGCGGUCGAAACGGAAAUAAUUUCAAGUGUGCAAAUCCUUUGGUUCCCAGUAGACCCAGACGCGACGUUAGUAAGCCUGUCAGUCCUGCUUUCGGUUGCCCAUCAAAUGAUUUCUUGCAAGCUACUGGACAAUGCGGUAGCAACCGUGGGCCAGCUAGCUGCGGAUCUUCUUACAAGUUCAUCAAAGCUACAAACCAAUGUGGACCGAUUCACUUUUGAAUUAAAUUCGCUUUUGAAUUAAAGAAGAUAGAUUUUCUAAUUGAUGCGAAAAUACAAUUC